AUGACACAUCACCAGCACCACUCCACUAACCAGCACCACUCCAGUAACCAGAGCCACCCCAGUAACCAGCACCACUCCAGUAACCAGCACCACUCCACUAACCAGCGCCACUCCAGUAACCAGAGCCACUCCAGUAACCAGAACCACUCCAGCAACCAGCACCACUCCACUAACCAGCGUCAAUCCAGUAACCAGAGCUACUCCAGUAACCAGCACAACUCCACUAAACAGUACCACUCCAGUAACCAGAGCCACUCCAGUAACCAGCACCACUACAGUAACCAGCACCACUCCACUAACCAGCACCACUCCAGUAACCAGAGCUACUCCAGUAACCAGAACCACUCCAGCAACCAGCACCACUCCAGUAACCAGCGUCAAUCCAGUAACCAGCGCUACUCCAGUAACCAGAGCUACUCCAGUAACCAGAGCCACUCCAGUAACCAGCACCACUCCAGUAACCAGAGCCACUCCAGUAACCAGAGCCACUCCAGUAACCAGCGCCACUCCACUAACCAGCACCACUCCAGUAACCAGCACCACUCCAGUAACCAGCACCACUCCAGUAACCAGAGCCACUCCAGUAACCAGCGCUACUCCAGUAACGAGCACCACUCCACUAACCAGCACCACUCCAGUAACCAGCACCACUACAGUAACCAGAGCCACUCCAGUAACCAGCACCACUCCAGUAACCAGCGUCAAUCCAGUAACCAGCACCACUCCAGUAACCAGCGUCAAUCCAGUAACCAGCACCACUCCAGUAACCAGCGCUACUCCAGUAACCAGCACCACUCCAGUAACCAGCACCACUCCAGUAACCAGAGCUACUCCAGUAACCAGCACCACUCCAGUAACCAGCACCACUCCAGUAACCAGAGCUACUCCAGUAACCAGAGCCACUCCAGUAACCAGAGCCACUCCAGUAACCAACACCACUCCAGUAACCAGCGUCAAUCCAGUAACCAGCACCACUCCAGUAACCAGCGUCAAUCCAGUAACCAGCGCUACUCCAGUAACCAGCACCACUCCAGUAACUAG